AUGGCUGGGACGGUUCUGUUGGCUUACUACUUUGAGUACACUGACACCUUCCCAGUACACAUCCAGGGCUUUUUCUGCUACGACAAGACCUUCUCCAAACCCUACCCCGGCCCGGACCACACCAGCAAGAUCCCCCCGGUGCUCAUCUACUCACUGGUCACGGCCAUCCCAACGCUCACGAUCCUGGCUGGAGAGCUCUGUGUCUUGUUCACUAAGGCAGAAGGGACUCAGGAGAAGACUAUCGUAACCGCAGACUGCUGCUACUUCAACCCCGUCCUGCGUCGCAUCAUCCGCUUCCUAGGCGUCUACGCUUUUGGGCUCUUCACCACCGCCAUCUUUGCCAACGCCGGUCAAGUGGUGACGGGAAACCAGAGCCCUCACUUCCUGUCUGCGUGCCGCCCCAACUACACAGCCCUGGGUUGCCAAUCUACUUUGCAGUACAUCACGGAGCGUCGUGCCUGCACCGGCAACCCGCUCGUGGUCAUGAACGCCCGGAAGUCUUUCCCCUCCAAGGAUGCAGCACUCAGUGUCUACUCCGCAGUGUAUACAGUGAUGUAUGUGACACUGGUGUUCAAGACAAAAGGCACGCGACUGACCAAGCCCACCAUCAGCCUGACCCUGCUCUGCUUGGCCAUGAUGGUGGGAGUCGUGAGAGUGGCUGAAUAUCGGAACCACUGGGCCGACGUGCUGGCUGGAUUUUUCACUGGAGCGUCCAUAGCCAUUUUCCUGGUGACCUGUGUGAUCAACAACUUCCAGCGCCUGCUGCCCAUUGGACCUCCGGCUCGAACCCAGCGGCCUGACUCCAUGCUGGGGGUUCCCAUGGUGACGCUGCCUUGUGUGGAGAGUCCUCUCGAAAAGUUAAGUGGUCCUCAGACUCCGCGGAGCUCUGCGUACAGCGAGAUCACAUGA